AUGGAUAUCGUUCUUGAGGUCUUGGAUACGUACAUCGGCGAUCGUGUUUAUGCCAAUCUCAUUCCUGCGCCUUCGCUGAACAUACUGGGAAACUCCACCUCUACUACGUCGCACUCGACAUGGAGCUACAAGCCUGCGACCUCGUACCUCUAUCUCGAGCCUUCUGUGGAGGCUUAUAUGAGCGCUUGGCCCAGAGACAACAUCUUUCGCCAGAGCAUCAGCCUUUUCUUGAUUACAUGGAUCUUCGGUCUCAUUAUAUACUUCAUCUUCGCGGCCUUGUCCUACGUGUUCAUUUUUGACAAGAGGACUCUCAACCACCCUAAGUUCCUCAAGAACCAGGUCUGGCUCGAGUUCAAGCAAACCAACAAAGCACUGCCCGUCAUGGCCCUCUUCACUGCACCGCUCUUUGUCCUUGAGGUCCGAGGAUAUGGUCGUCUUUAUGACACCCUAGAGGAAGCUCCCGCCAUGUGGUAUAAUAUUGUCCAGUUCCCCUUCUUCAUUGCUUUCACCGACUUCUGGAUCUACUGGAUUCACCGUUGGCUCCACCAUCCUCUCAUCUACAAGUGGCUUCACAAGCCUCACCACAAGUGGAUCAUGCCUACGCCCUUCUCGAGUCACGCUUUCCACCCUUUUGAUGGUUUCAUGCAAUCGCUUCCGUACCACGUUUUCCCCUUCCUCUUCCCUCUCCAGAAGCUCGGCUACGUCGCCCUAUUCGUUUUCGUCAACUUCUGGACGAUUCUCAUUCAUGAUGGCGAAUACCUUACCGACAAUCCCGUUGUCAAUGGCGCUGCUUGCCACUCGCUGCACCAUUCUAAGUUCGAAGUCAACUACGGCCAAUUCACCACUUUCUUUGAUCGAAUGGGCGGUACUUACAGGAAGCCCGACCCUUACAUGUUUGAGAAGGAGCUCAAGAUGUCCAAGAAGACCUGGGAGAAGGAAGCUAAGGAAGUCGACAGGCUUGUCGUCGAAGUCGAGGGUCACGAUGACCGCACUUACAGCUCCGGAACGAAGAAGAACCAGUGA